AUGUCGCUCUUCCCACCAGCCAAGAAGCCAGCUUCACUGCUAGGAUACCACCGUAUACUCUCGCCAACUGCUGGCGUUCGAGUCUCGCCACUAUGCUUGGGCGCCAUGAACUUCGGCGAUGCCUGGAAGAACUUCCUGGGCGAGUGCGGCAAGGAGAACAGCUUCGCGAUGCUUGACUUCUUCUACGAGAAUGGCGGCAACUUCAUCGACACUGCCAACAACUACCAGGCCGAGGAAAGCGAGGCCUGGAUCGGCGAAUGGAUGAAGAAGCGCAACAACCGCGAUGAGAUGAUCAUCGCCACAAAGUUCACCACCGGCUUCCGCGGCCAUGGCGAUGAGCAGAUCAAGUCGAACUUCCAGGGAAACCACGCCAAGAGCAUCAGAGUCUCUGUCGAGCGCAGUCUCAAGAAGCUGCAGACUGAGUACAUUGACUUGCUGUACCUCCACUGGUGGGACUACUCCACAAGCAUCCCAGAGCUGAUGAACAGUCUACACGCCUUGGUCCAGAGCGGCAAGGUAAUCUACCUGGGCAUCUCCGACACUCCAGCCUGGGUUGUCGUCAAGUGCAAUGACUAUGCUCGCUUUCAUGGCUUGACACAAUUCAGCGUCUACCAGGGUCACUGGAGCUGUGCUUUCCGCGACUUUGAGCGUGACAUCUUGCCGAUGGUCGAGGCCGAAGGCAUGGCCCUGGCUCCUUGGGGCUCCCUUGGCAGAGGACAACUCAAGCCUGCCGAUGAGUACAACGACCCAAACCGCGAUGGACGAAAGAUGGGUCCUCAGAACGAAAAGUACGCUCGCAUCGCUAACAAGCUUGACGAGAUCGCCAAGACGAAGAACACCCGGAUCACCAGCAUUGCUCUUGCAUACGUGAUGCACAAAGCUCCUUAUGUCUUCCCCAUCGUCGGCGGAAGGAAGGUCGAGCACCUAAAGGGCAACAUCGAAGCACUCGGCAUCAAACUCACACAAGAAGAGAUCGAUGAGAUUGAGGACACUGAGCCCUUUGAUGUGGGCUUCCCUCAGAGCUUCCUUUUCCCUGGCAAGCCGUACAGGACACGCUAUACGACGCAGGAUAUGCCAUUGGUCAUUACCAACACGGCGCUGGAGGCGCAGCCAAAGCCAGCUCCAAUUGCGCCACGCCAAGGCGAGGAGUCUCUUACUUUGACUUAG